CUGCCCGGUGUGCAAGUGCUGGGGUCCUGCCUGCUGCAGCUGAUGCUUGCCAGCGGUCUGGAUCAGCUCCACGGCCUUAGGACUGAGCUGCUGGGGAGGACUCCCCUAAGCUCGGCCUUAGGACGGGGCUGCUGGGGAGGACUUCCGAGCACGGCCUUAGGUCACUAUCUUUCACAAGCUUGGGUUUGUUAUGGGCUUCUACUCUCUCUACCCUUACCCCACAAGAGAGAAAACCGGCCUGUUGUAGUGUAAAAACCAGUUUUUAUCAGUGAUGCAGAUGCUCAGCCAGUUUGGUGCAUAAGCUUUCACUUUGCUUUAAAUAGGCUCGUCCCUAGAAAUGCCUGAGGAGGAGAGGCAGGUGGGACCUGUGCCACCUGCAAGUCUGGCAGCAGAUGGCUUGAGGAAAAGCAGUUGGGGACUCUUACUUACAGGGAUUGUUGGGGGGGCGCUGGUGGCUGUAUACGCUGUGGCUACACCGUUUGUCACACCGGCCCUCCGGAGAAUUUGUCUGCCUUUUGUACCUGCAACCCCGAAGCAGAUUGAAAAUGUUGUGAAGAUGUUGCACCGCAGGAGAGGACCCCUGGUGGACAUUGGUAGUGGCGAUGGACGCAUUGUGAUCGCUGCUGCAAAAGAAGGUUUUGAGGCUGUUGGCUAUGAACUGAAUCCAUGGCUAGUUUGGUACUCCAGAUACUGUGCUUGGCGAGAAGGUGUGCAAGGGUCCACCAGGUUUCAUGUUUCGGAUCUAUGGAAGGUCACCUUUUCACAGUACUCAAAUGUUGUUAUUUUCGGCGUGCCUCAGAUGAUGCUGCAGUUGGAGAAGAAACUUGAACUUGAACUUGAGGAUGAUGCGCGAGUCAUUGCUUGCCGGUUCCCUUUCCCACACUGGACUCCAGACCACAUAAUUGGAGAGGGGAUAGACACUGUGUGGGCUUAUGACAUGAGCACUUUCAGAGGAAGGGAAAAGAGACCCUGGAAAAGGGACACCUCUGGAAGCUGCUGCGUCAUGGAGGGAGUGCUCAUUCCUGGACUCUGGAAUCUACUAUGGAAGGCAGAGACAGAUACGAAAGCAAAUUUUAGUGUGUGUGAAGUUCUCUGGAAAAAUGAAGCAAUGUGGUGCUGAGAACAAGCAUGUGUAUUUGUGAGGAGGGUGUGGGCAGUGUGGAAAUUAAAUCGUGUUGUUGGCUGCCAUCUCUCCCUUCCCAGACCUCCAGUCUCCUCAUGAAGAGUGAAUUCUGCAUGGCUGGGCGGUGCUGGUGUUUACCUCUUGCUAUCACUUUUUCCUCUGGCCAGUCCUGUAACUUUUCUGGACACACUUAGAGAGGGACCCAUUGUUCUUGCCAUGAAGAUGUAGUGAGUGGAUGCAGAGUUGUUUGGGCCUUGGAGAUGUUUAAUAAUUUUCUGUAUGUAUUCCUGGUGGGUUUGUGAAGGCACCAAGCUCUGUGGGGUCAUUUAUAACUUGCUAUUUUUCUUCCCUUUAGCUUUGUAAGAAUUAUCUCAUGCUUGGUCCUGCAAUCUCAGAUUCAUAGAGGUGUUGUGAUUAGAUUCUGAAAGAUUUUGAAUUGUUCUUUAAAAUGGUGCUUUGUUAAAUAAACUGGACAGUGAGG